CUACCCUCUUCCUCACUCCAUCCUCUUGUUCCUGCUCUGCUUUUAGAGAGGUUGCUGUUUCACUUUGUUGGGGUUGAAGAAGAGGGGAACACACCCCCAUGAAGAGGCUAGUAAUUGUGCUUGUACUUUUAGCAUUAAGCAUUGCUCUAGAAAGCAAUGGAGAAGAUGAUCGUGGACCAUGUAAACAGAAUGCAUUGGAUCCUAGGCCUCACAGUGUGUCAAUCUUGGAGUUUGGGGCAGUUGGAGAUGGAAAAACAUUGAACACGGUUGCAUUCCAAAAUGCAAUUUUUUAUGCCAAGUCAUUUGCUGAUAAAGGUGGUGCUCAACUAUAUGUUCCAUCUGGCAGAUGGCUUACGGGAAGUUUUAACCUUACUAGCCACCUCACCCUCUUCCUUGAGAGAGGCGCAACCAUCAUUGCAUCACAGGAUUAUGCACAGUGGAGUGUCGUGGAUCCCCUACCUUCGUAUGGGAGAGGAAUUGACGUUCCGGGUCAGAGAUAUCGCAGCUUGAUUUAUGGACAGAAUUUAAGUGAUGUGGUGAUUACAGGUGAUAAUGGAACUAUUGAUGGCCAGGGUUCUGUCUGGUGGGACCUGAUCAAUUCUCAUUCCUUAAAUUAUAGCAGACCACAUAUUAUAGAACUCAUUGGUUCUAACGAUAUUAUAAUCUCAAAUUUGACAUUUUUAAACUCUCCUGCUUGGGGCAUCCAUCCGGUAUAUUGCAGCAACGUACAAAUUCAGAACAUAACAGCUCAUGCACCUGCUGAAUCCCCUUACACAAGUGGUAUAGUUCCAGAUUCUUCUGAGUACAUUUGCAUUUGCAACAGCAAUAUUAGCACUGGUCAUGAUGCAAUUGUGCUGAAGAGUGGUUGGGAUCAGUACGGAGUUGCCUAUGGCAAACCAACCUCGAGUGUGCACAUAAAGGGUGUCUACCUACAAUCAUCAUCAGGUGCUGGCCUAGCAUUUGGAAGUGAGAUGUCUGGAGGUAUAUCUGAUGUAACUGCAGAGCGGCUCCAUAUUAUCAACUCUAGUAUUGGCAUUGAACUGAAGACAACUAAGGGUAGAGGUGGCUAUAUGAAAGAUAUAUUCAUUUCUGAUGCAAAUUUGGAAAAUAUUUACUUGGGUAUCAGCAUGACGGGAUACUAUGGUUCCCAUCCAGAUGACAAAUAUGAUCCUAGUGCUGUUCCAGUCGUUAGUAGCAUCACUUAUAAGAAUGUGAUUGGCGCAAAUAUUGCUAUUGCUGGGAAUUUUUCAGGACUAGUUGAUUCACCAUUCACAUCUAUCUGUCUUUUAAACGUGACUUUUUCUAUCAGUUCUGAGUCAUCUCCUUUAUGGUUUUGUUCUAAUAUAACGGGUUUCUCUGAGGAGGUGUUUCCGGAGCCAUGUCCUGAUCUGCAGAGCUCAUAUUCAAACUUUUCCUCUUGCUUUUCUUCCCUAUAUCCAUCGUCUAGUUAUGUCUCAAGCGCAUGAGAUCAUCAUCUCCAAGAAUCUAGUCAUUCCUUUGAUUCAACCUGUACAUGAGACACAAAAUUCAUAUUCCAUCAAGAACUUCUUCAUUACAAUUUUCCAAUAAAAGGAAAUUCUUGAUGUAAAGAUGUUCUUUCUCUCCAACAUUUUAAUGUACCUUCCUUUAUCUGUUUAUGAAAAGUCGUAUGGUGUCAAUUUCAAUUAGUAUAUUUAUGUACAGCCUCAAUUUCUUCAUUCAUGUACAAGAAUUUUCUUAUGUUGGUGUACAGCCUAAGACCUAUCUGCUUUCAACUUACCAUGUAUAAUGUGGAGAGUCAUGUAUAAUGUGGAUUGCUAUAUUGAUUUGUAGUAAUGGCAGGCCAUUGAGAGAGUGUGCAGUGUGCUGGUUUUGACAAAGCUAUAGUUUUCUUUGCUUAAUUAUA